CAACACCGACAACACCUCCCUAUCUAGCUACGAGCCCUUUGCUGAGGGUGCAAUCCCCGCUCCUUCUUUGGCAAGGGUGUCCGCCAUCACAUUGCUUUCAUGCCAAACGUGACUCCAAGAUAUCGAAAUGCUAGAGUAAAGGUGAGCAAUUUCUUCAAAGGUGUUGGCUAAAGACCACACGUAGGAGGCAGCCGUCGAGGCCCAACGGAUGACAUUGAGGGAAUCCCCUUCGACAAUAAGCAAAAAAGUCCAUCCCAUAGCAUGCACACGCAGGCCUUCGAGAUGGCGAGGGCUUCAGCAGUUUGAGCAUCAACAUGACUUAUAGAUUUGGAAAAAGACGCCAAAAUUUGGCCCUUGUGGUACUGUAGGAGACCUCUUAUACCCGACUGUCUGGGGUUGCCUAGGGAACACUCUUCAAAGUUGAGGUUAAUGGUUCCCGAGGAAGGCGGCAACCAGAGGAAGGAUCUAGAAGCCCUGGUGUGCACAAUAUGGAGGAGAGGCAUCCAUGAGAGGUGGAAGGCUGACCUUUGAAAACUUUGUGGUUGGAUACCCAGAAGGAGACCAGGGAUUUAAUCUGGUCGAAUAGCACUUUACGGGGCUUGAAAAUUCCUUGAAAACUCUGAUUGUUCCGCUCAAUCCAGACGGAUCAAAGAAGGGCGAUAAUGGACGCCUUCCAAAGCAAAUGGCUCGAGACCCCCCAAGGGAGAGACUAAAAAGAGGAAAAGAGGCAAGGGAUUGAAGAGGGGAGAACCCACUGCCACUGGAACAUAAGGAGGAGAAAAUCCCACAAGAAGUGGGCGUAAGGGUAGUGAAGAAAGAGGUGCAAGUUGGUCUCCUCCACCUCAAGACACAUCCUGCACCAAUUGGGGAUGGGGAUGCCUCUUCUCUGAAGGAGGUCAAAGAUCAAGGCUCUUUAGUGUAAGGUCAACCAAGUGAAGAACUGAAUUUUGGGUGGGACCAUUGAGAACCUGGCCCGAGCAGCAUGAGAAGGGGGAUUAAGGGGAAAGGUAGGGGGUUUGAGAUGGUUUACGAUAGAAUGAUGAGACAUAAAAGGUGCUUGAGGGGGAGGAGCACCUAAUAAGACUGUCGAAACCCCUCUAGGGGAUAAAAUAUUGUUCCAACAAUUGAGAUAGGUUAAGAAAUUCGUCCAGUUCAACUUCAUGAAGAGACCUCCUGAAAAUGGGACUCCAAACUCUUCUAGGGCCGAUGGUUUAACAGGCCUCGGAAACCAGCUCGUGCUGGUUGACUGUGAUAAGGAAAAGGGAAGGGAAGAGGUCCCACAAGACAGAAGAUCCAAGCCAUAAAUCUAAUCAGAAACGAGUCCAACAGCUGUCCCUAGCAAGAAUUCUAGAAUUAAGUUUAAAUGACUUAAGAGAACUCAGAAGGGUACUGCAAAAGCCAGAAGAUCUGUUGUAGGUUCUCGAGGGAGGGAGCCAAGAGGAAGUUUGAAGAUCUCGAAUACCAAGGCCUCUGAGAUGCCGCGACGCUUGCACUUUAUCCUAAGCCACAAGGUAGAACUUGCGCUUGUCACUUUCUCCUUCCCAAAGAAAUUGUUUCAUCAAGAAAUUGAGACGCUUGAUGAUUGAUGCCGACAUUUUGAAGAGGGACAUCUGAUUGAUCGGAGUGGAAGAAAGGGUAGCUCUGAUGAGGGUCGAUCUUCCGAUUGGUGAAAGAACCCAACCUUUCCAGCAAGCAAAUCUCCAGUCAAACUUAUCGAUGAUAUGAGCCCAGGCACUCAGUUUCGAUCCCUCUAUGCAACGGGGGAGACCGAGAUAGGUGGAGGGGAGGGUUUCAACGGAGCAACCCCAACUAUCCGCCAAAGGAAGGUUGAUGCUAGGGUCGAGGGCUAUCCCAAUCAUCUUGGGUUUCCCUAAAUUUAUUUUGAACCCCAUAGUCCACUCGAAAAGUUUGACAAAAGCGAAACAAAACAUUAGUCUCUUGAGGGGGAACAUCACAGAAGACGAGGGUAUCGUCGGUGUAUUGGAGGUGUGAUAUCAAGGGACCCCUAUACCGCACUGGAAGCCAUGGAUGAGACCAUCAGUUUUAAAAGCUUUCUCAAUUUGUUCAAUUUCUUCUUCUGAUUAACUGCGUUUGAACCGCUGGUGGUGUGCAUCCCCUGCUCAUAUUGUUGCCAACAGAUUUAUUCAGUAUGAGUCAUCUAUCAGUACCCUGUUGGUGUUUUCUGGUUUACCACCUUGUGUGCUUUGUGAAUUCGCUAUCUCUACAUCAAAAUGAUAUGGAUAUUACACUUUUGAGUGUCGGGAUUGAAUUGCUUCGCGAAACUUUGCCACUACAAGGGGGUUGUAGGCUUUAUGAGCUGCAAGGAUUGAAGCCAUCUCUUUGGUAUGAAGUGAAGAUAUCUUAUCCAGCUUCUAUACCAUCUAGCUUCUCCAUGGAACUAAGAAGGGACAAAAAGAAGCAAAGUCUGAAAAAUGGGAGGAAAUUGCUAAAUACUGAAAAGCUUAUUUUUGAAGCUGGGAGCCAUGUUUUGGAAAUUCCUGGAGAAACAAAGAUAUUUGUCCUUGUAUCAAUCCAGCCUGAAGGUAUCGUGGCAAAGCCUAAUGCGCAGGAGAGGCAAUUUGCCAUGUUCAAUAUUGUUUGUGAUGAACUGUCAUUUGGGAUACCACACAAUGCUUGGCCAGUCGGGAUUUUAGUCAUUCUGUGCAUCGCGUUUGCAUUUGUUAUUCCCCGCUUCUUACCUUCAGGGUUACUUUCCGAGCAGUCUGGCUCAGUACUUGGCUCGUCUGCUACAAAGGCACUGUAGGAAACUUAUAACAUGUGAUCAUGUACCCAGCAUCCGAAUUUUGCGAGGAAUGUCUUGUUUCUCCUGCAUUCGAGCAGGUUUUCACAUUUCUUGGAGAUAUUGUAGGUUAUUUUGGCUUGAGUAAUUGGUGAUGUUCUUUCCUUGAUUAUAAUUUUUGGAAGUUCUACACUUAACAAAAGUAUGUUGAGCUCUUUAGUCAUCGUCUUUUUUGUUUUUUUUUUCUUUUGUAAUAACUGCCUUUUAGUGAUGAUUGUCAGGUGUUUGGAAUUAA